UGGCAAUAAUCUGACGUGGGUUGUCAAAUGUUAUGUGUAAAAUUUCACAAUUUUAGUGGUGUGUGAGCAAUUGGAAUAAUCCCGGAAAGAAAUUGAGUCAUUAAGAUUACAUAGAAAAUAUUGUAUUUUUCAUAUUAAGAAACAAGUUUAUUAUUCUAGGAGCCUGGUACUUCGUUUGAAUUUAAUUUCAAUAAAAAACCUAAUUUCAGGUAAAAAUGUCAUUCCAAUCUCCAAUGCCAAGUAGAGAAUUCUUAUGGGACAUUUUUAGAAGGGUGGAUAAAGACAGAAGUGGAUACAUUUCUGCUGAUGAAUUACAACAAGCUCUCUCCAAUGGUACUUGGAAUCCAUUCAAUCCAGAGACAGUCCGUCUAAUGAUAGGAAUGUUUGAUAAACAAAACAGAGGUGUUAUAUCAUUUGAAGAUUUUGGAGCUCUGUGGAAGUAUGUGAGUGACUGGCAGAAUUGUUUUAGAUCCUUUGAUAGGGAUAAUUCUGGCAACAUUGAUCGGCAAGAGUUAAAGAAUGCCCUGACUGCGUUUGGAUACAGACUCUCAGAUGAUGUGGUGAACAUAAUGGUGCAGAAAUUUGAUAGAUUUGGCCGUGGCACUAUUCUCUUUGAUGAUUUUAUACAGUGUUGUGUUACCCUGUAUGUAAGUAUGUCUCAUAUAUUUUAAACACAACUGCACUUGUAAAUUAUAUAA